AUGCUGGGAUUAGCUCCUGCUCAGGACCGUCUUCUGCGGGAUACAGCGGACGCCUACAUUCACAAUGCCUGGCCAGUCAAUUUCAACCAACCUCUGAAGGCUUUCGAGGACUCUAUGCUCAUGAGCGUGCGAGACCUCUUGAAGUUGGUUGAGGGGUCCCCUCGUAAACCCCAUUUGCACUAUAUGUCAUCUGUUUCGACAGUUGGAGCAUUGACAAAGACACAUGGGUCAACGAUUCCCGAAACAUUGCACGAGGCCUCAGUGGUGCAGGAACUGGGAUAUGCCGAGCCGAAAUUCGUGGCCAAAUCUCUCUGCGGAAUAGCAGCUCGACGCACCGGCCUCGCCGUGAGUAUCCAUCGGGUCAGUCAACUAGGCGGGCCUUUGUAUCCAGCGGGGGUAAUGUGGAAUCCGCGGGACUGGCUUCCGGCAUUGGUCCGCUCUUCGAUGACCUUGGGCAAGAUCCCAGAUGAUCUGGGGGCAAUGAAGGACGUGGCUGCUCAAGCCAUUGUACAAAUUGUUCACACUCGUGAAGAAGAGCGGAGUCUUCUUGGACUGAAGGAGUCAUUUGGGCCCUUGGUAGCCAAAGCCUGCAGGGCCAAGAUUGUCUCGCUUCAGGACUGGGUUGAUGAACUGGAGCAGCAGGCCUUCGACAACUCAAGUCGGAAACGUCUGGAGGCUUUACCAGGUCUACCGUUAUUGGGCUUUUUCAAGUCGCUAGUUGCUCAUCCCUUUGGAGACGAACAACGGCAUUGCAGACAGUGCAGCCCUGCGUAA